UAGUGUUACUAAGUAAGCUAUACGUUAAAUUAGUCCGGUUUAUUUUUUGGAACGCGCGUCAGUUUUUAGAAGUGCAGUUCAUCAUGACGUUGGGCAUUUUGUAGCUGCAAGACCCGUCCAGAUUACGGUAGAUUUUUUUGCUUCAGCAAGCCAGUAUUUCAAAUAUAACCUCAGUUAGCGAACCGGCUAGCGUGCUAGUUUGUACUGAUAUUUUGGGAUAUGAUAAGUUAACAUAAACUAGGACGCUAGCUCCAGUAGCUAGCUGCGCGUCCUUAGGAUUUUGAUUAUAGUUAGCUAGGUAACCACGCAACACCUUUUUUAAAAAAAAAAAAAAGAUUGAGAAAAUAAAUACCGAUACAGCAACGCAUUUACUUCUUGAUAUUAACAGACGUAGCAACUGGCAGGGAACUAUCAGGUGCACGACCGAUGGCCUCGUUAACGUCCACCCCGGCCACCUCCACCGGCCGGACAUCCCGCACGACGCGGCGGAGCACGGCGGGGGCGUCUCCCGCCGGAGUGAGCCCCACACGGCUGAGCCGCAUCCAGGAGAAGGAAGAGCUCCGGCAGCUGAACGACCGCCUGGCCGCCUACAUAGAGCGCGUCCGGCAGCUGGAGGGCGACAAGGCGUCCAUGCAGCUCCUGCUGGAGGAGAAGGAAGAGUCCUCCUCCCGGGAGCUGGGAAAAAUCCGGCAUCUGUACGAAACCGAGCUCGCCGACGCGAGGAAAAUGCUGGACACCACGGCCAACGAGAGGGCCAGGCUGCAGAUAGAGCUCUGCCAACUGUCUGAAGACCACCGGAAAUUACAAACAAGGAACAAUAAGAAGGAGUCGGAGCUGGACACAGCUGUAGGACGAUGGAGAAACCUUGAGGCUGCCUUGAACUCCAAAGAGGCAGAGUUUGCAAAUUUGCUGGCAGGAAACCGGAGACUGGAAAAUGAAAUCUCGGACCUCAAGGCACAGGUUUCUAAUAUGGAGUCGGCCCUGCAGGACGCUAAGACCCAGCUCCAGGGAGAGAUGCUGCGUAGGGUCGACCUGGAGAACCAAGUGCAAACACUCCGGGAGCAAAUGGACUUCCAGAGACAUCUCAGCGAGGAAGAGGUCAGGGAGAUGCGGACUCGGCACGAGAGCAGGCUGGUGGAGGUGGACACGGGGCGGCAGAGGGAGUUUGAGAGCAAGCUGGCUGAGGCCAUGCAGCAGCUCCGGCAGGAGCACGAGGUGCAGAUCCAGCAGUACAAAGAGGAGCUGGAGAAGACGUUUGGUGCCAAGUUAGAAAAUGCACAGCAGGCAGCGGCCAAGAACAGCGACUUUGCCAGCUCAACCAGGGAGGAGCUGGCCGGGACCAAGCUGCGGCUGGAGAGCCUGUCAUCUCAGCUCAGCCACUUCCAGAAGCAGAACGGAGUUCUGGAGACCCGCGUGCGCGACCUGGAGGCCAUGCUGGACCGGGAGCGGGAGGUCAGCCAGCGGCGGCUGACGGAGAAGGAGCAGGAGAUGGCCACCAUGAGGCAGCAGAUGCAGGCCCAGCUGGAGGAGUACGAGAACCUGCUGGACGUGAAGCUGGCGCUGGACAUGGAGAUCAACGCCUACCGCAAGAUGCUGGAGGGGGAGGAGCAGAGGCUGAACUUGUCUCCGAGCCCCUCCCAGCACGGGGCCGUCCCCCGCACGCACACGCACGCCGCCCGGAGGCAGAGGGGCAAGAAGCGCAAACUGGAAGGAAGGGCCAGCGUCUCCCCGGGUUACAAGAUCUCCCAGCAUUCCUCAGCCCAGGGGAGCGUGUCCAUCGACGAGAUAGACCUGGAAGGGAACUACAUCAAGCUCAGGAACAACUCCGAGAUAGAUCAGUCUUUAGGUGGAUGGGUCCUAAGGAGGAGUCACAGGACUCUGCCUGAGAUUGCGUUCCAGAUCCCCUCCUCCUAUGUGUUGAGAGGUGGACAGACUGUGACUAUUUGGGGAGCAGGUGCUGGAAUUGAGCCUAACCCUCCCACUGAUUUGGUUUGGAAGACCCAGAGGAACUGGGGGGCAGUGGAUGAUAUAAGAGUUGUCCUGAUGAACCCUCAUGAUGAGGAGACAGCAGAGCGGAGGCUGGUGUUUGUGCAGAGGGGCGGUGAGGGAGAUUCGGACGUGGAGAUUGAGGAAGAGGACAUUGCUGGCAGUGAGGUGCACCUCCGACGACAGCCGAAAAGAAGAAAAAAGAAAUGUUGUUUGGUCUCAUGAACCGUACCUCCGGGUGCAGGCAGACAGACAGCUCUAGGGGCGGACAGGAGCGGAGGAAGCCAGCUGUGCCGUUAUGUAACCCCCCACUCGUUCGUUUGACCUGGAAACCCCAAGCGUGACUAUUCUGCUGCGAAAGAGGCCCCACACCCCUUUGAAUCUGCCUUUUCGUAUGUCUGACAGCAGUAUUCCCAAAUUUUCAGUAGGUAAAGGAACUAGACCACUUGUGUAAUUCAUUUUAUAAAGCCUCCUCUGUUGAAUUUGCUUAUUCAUAG